AUGUACUUCCGACAAAACUUCACCAGCUUAACCCAAGGGAUCCUUGGCGGACUUACAUGGAAACAAGUAAUACCGUCUUCCUUAAAAGCCUAUGCGAACAUGGCUGAAAAAAGGCAUGAGAACAAUAACGUUCUGGACCGCGUUUUUGGCAUUGUAUUUCUCGGAACCCCGCACAUUGAAGAUGCGAGCCAACUUGACAUCAAUAUUGUUGAGGCCAUAGUGGUGACAGAAGAACAAGCCAGUUUACCUUCAAAUCCUCGAGCCAUUACAUAUGGGAUUCCCAGCAACCAUGAAAAUCUGUGCAAGAUAGAAAUUGGUGGCAAGCUGUAUGAAGCCAUAGCUCAGAUGAUAGAUGCCGCUGUACUCAAGCAUAAAUCAUUUUCUAUAACCCGAGUCGUUACUGGAGCUUUGAGCUCGUCCGGUAUAGAGAGCCACCAGGACACCAGCCAGAAUUGCGACUCGGCACUCCUUAGCAUCGAACCCAAGCAGGAUUGUAAGACGCCUUCUGCAAGCGCUGGUCACUCAUCGAAUUUCGCAUACGAGGUUGUGCCUUCUACCAAUCAGUUUGAGACAGUGCAGCCUAAACUACGCAUCCCUUGUUUCUCGGUAGGAUCACAGACUCGCAAAUCUCCAUUUUUCGGACGCGAUGACAUUUUUCGGUCAAUCGACAAAAGCCUGCUUCCUGAGAGUAUACCAUCGCCAAUUGAUGAAGAAUUAUCCCGGAAAUCCGGAAACCUCAAGACCUUUGCAUUAUGUGGCGCUGGAGGAAUUGGGAAGACUGAACUGGCCUCUGAGUAUAUUUUCACCAGGAAAGACAAAUAUCUUGCCAUCUUUUGGGUUACAGCAGAGAGCCGCAACGUCUUGCUUGAAGAUUUCGCACGUAUUGCGGUUGAACUUGGUCUCCAAGAGAAGAGUGAAGCACGAGAUCUGGCAGAGGCUUGCGAAUUGGUCAAAGGAUGGCUCUGCAACCCUGUGAAAAAUGCCGAAUCACCUCUCAGUAGCCCUGGUAACGAAAUCUCAUGGCUUUUGGUGCUUGACAAUGUCAAUGAUUGGGGUAUCGUCGAAGACUUUUGGCCAACCACCGGUAUAGGAUCUAUUUUAAUCACAAGCCGUGAUCCGCUGUCACGCUCGCACGUUUUUACUGCCCAAAACGGCUUGGAUCUUGACCCAUUAUCUUCAUCAGACUCUCUCAAAUUCCUCUGUGCUGUUUCUCGGACUCAUUUCAAGGGCUCGUCAGAAUCUGCUGAGGCUAUCGCUGAGUGGGCUGGUGGACUUCCUCUUGUCAUCUCCGCAAUAGCAAGCACAAUGUCAGCUCGAAAUCUUACCUACGAUUCGAUGUUGGCCUUAUUGGAGAAGAACGGCUUUGAAGCCGUUUCGGUCGAUAACAAACCACAGAUGCGCUCAGUGCAAGACGCAUCCGUAUCCAUUGCCUCAAUGAUUGGCCUUGCGCACUUAGACGAGUGCACACAGAGUUUAAUCUAUGCAAUCUCAUUUAUGAACCCUGAAGGUAUUCAUCAAAAAUUCCUCAUCGACAGUUCUGAUAGAGCACAACUUCCCGCAUUUCCAAAAAACCAUGGCGAGCUCAGCCAUGCUCAAAAUAAAUUGCAAAAGGCUUCUUUGAUCAUUUUCAACGAGCUCACCCAUACCAUUCGUAUGCAUCGAAUUUACCAAGACAUCGUGCGAGAGUCGUUGAGUCCCGAAGUGCGAGUCAAGGCACUUUUAACCGCUCUUGAGAUCAUUUCAGAGGCCUGGGUGUAUCAGCCACUUGAGCACCGCUUCAAUACCGCACGAUAUGAAGUGUGUUCUGCGAUUUUUCCUCAUGUAGACCGAAUCUAUCACUACUACGAGGAGAUGUUCAGAUCCAAAAAGAUCAAAGCGUCAGAACAGGCGGCAUCUCUAUUCAACGACGCUGGAUGGUAUUGCUUUGAGAGAGGAGUCCCACAUGAAUCAAAGCCAUUUUACAGACUCGCAGAAGGAAUUUGCCGGUCACUUCAGCAGACGAGUCCCACUCAGAAGGUCGCUGAAUUGCUACGUGAAUGCCAUAACAACCAGGGCUCGGCUGCAAACGAGACUAAUAGUCCGCAAGAAAGUCUGCGUCACAAUCUCAUAUGGCUCAGCUUGAUGCGCGAAAGGAAAUCAUCAGACGGCAAGCAAAUAAUUGACUAUGAACUCGGUUGUGCAUAUAAUGAAGUUGGUGUUGCUUAUGCGAUGAACAACAUGUAUCCCCUGGCAAUUGACUCCUUCAAGGAGAGCAUUUCUACAUAUAUGUCCAUCCCUGACUACGAUGAAAAAUGGCUUGGGUGGCCGCUACCGAAUAUUGGGAUGAUGUAUUGGAUCCAAGGAAAUCACAAAUUGGCUUUGAAGGCACUGCACCGCAUGCGCAACAUAUACGAAGCUGCGUACGGCCGUGAUGAUAGACAAUCCUUCAAGACAGGAAAAGUUCUAUACGGCAUUGGAAACGUCUACCUGUCUCUUGGAGAUCUAGAGUAUGCACUAGGUUAUCAUUUCCGAGCUCUAAGCCAGUGGUCAGAAACUCUAGGCAGAGGACAUCAUCGAAUUGGUGAUGUAAGCCAUAAGAUAGCUCAAGACUUGAUGGGACUGGGACAGUUUGAGAGGGCGCAGGAAUACCUUACGCAAGCACUUAGAAUCUUCGCUCGCCGCCCACACCACAGACACGAACAUGCUCGAACAACUUUUAAACAAGGCCAACUGUAUUUGGCAAGCGGCAAUGUGGAUAAAGCUGAUCAAUCAUUCAAAGCAGCCCAUAAACAACGCCAAAGCUUAAUACCGCAAGACAUUCGCUCAUGGGACGAGCUUAUAGAGAAAGAUUACGACGAGCUGGUGAUAUUUAUGUCUCGUUGA